UCCUUUUCCGGUUUUUAUCGAGUGAAAGUGUACUGUUCUCGACGAGCUAAGGCCAAAUCCGGCAACGUACACUGUUUAUUCGUGACAUCAAGCUUAAAAUUUACUUCAGGACUAAACAAUGGCUUCCACAGACGAACUGGCGUGCACAUAUGCUGCCCUCAUCCUCGCUGAUGACCAGGUUACCGUCACUGAUGACAAAAUCAAGACCAUCUUGAAGGCUGCUGGAGUAAACGUUGAGCCCUACUGGCCAGGUCUGUUUGCCCGUGCCUUGGAGGGUAUCAAUGUGCGUGAGCUCAUCUCCAACGUAGGAAGCUCUGCUGGUGCUGCCCCGGCAGCAGCUGGUGGCGCUGCUCCUGCAACAGAGGAGAAGAAAGAGGAGAAGAAGGAAGAGAAGAAAGAGGAAUCAGAGGAGUCGGACGACGACAUGGGCUUUGGUCUCUUCGACUAAAGCAUCAGCCAUUGUUGUUUAUGUCUUGUACCAUUUAAAGAGAAAAAAAGAGAAAAAUAAUA